GAAUCAGCGCAUGGUUUCCGUGUCCAUCACCUAGCGGCUUCUUACGCAAAUACCUUGUUCGACUUUGGCAUCACAUUCAGGGAAUCAAUGGCGUGGAGUGGAAAUCUUUCAAAGAACAUAAGGGAGCUUCGGUUUCUGAUGUGCCAGUCAUCACCUGCAAGCUCAUCUGCAAGGACAUUUGUGGAAAAGAAUUAUAAGGAACUGAAGACAUUGAACCCAAAAUUGCCAAUACUGUUCCGCGAAUGCAGUGGAGCUGAACCCCAAUUAUGGGCGAGAUUUGACUUUGGUGUUGAGAAAGGCAUCAAAUUGGAAGGCUUGUCUGAGGCACAGAUCUCCAAGGCACUUGAAGAUCUGGUGAAAGCCGGAGAGAUUUUGAAAGCUUGAUAUUGCUGCUUCUGAACUGUUUGGAAUGGAAUAAUGCUCUCAUGCUAUACUUCUAAUUACAUUUGCUUAUGGUUUAUAAUAAACCAGAGUUUUACCAUUAUUUCUAAUUGUAAUUUAUCUGGUUUCAUUCGGUCUCUAUGUGCAUCUUAUAGUCACUUCAAGUAUGAUCAUGUCAAGUUGAAAGUCUGGUUCUGCAUGACUCUGCUGAGGGAUUCAUUCAGAACUCAGAUUUAUUCUAUUCACUUUGACUUUGGUUCUUAUCAAUAGUAUUUCUUGGUGAAAGAUUGCAUUGCCAGAGAUGUUUUGUAUUUACUGUAACAAGGGCAGAA